CAAAGCACAAAGAUAUUUUUCGUUAAAUACAACUGUCUUUUGCCUGUUCAGGCCAAUCAUUCAGAAUACGAAGAAGAUUAUGAGCAAGGUGUUCUGAGAAGUGACUACGGCUCUCCCCACAUUAGAAUCACUGCUCCUCUGGCGGUUGAACUCCCUACGGAGGAGGUUGCAGAACCCUUUGACUCGCCCUACAUGAUAACCAAUGCUCCUCUGGCAGAUGAACUCCCUGCGAAGGAGGUUGCAGAACACUCUGAGUGUCAGAUUAAAGUAGUAGAAAGUUGCAGUGAUAGCGGGAGUUCCAUUGGCGAUGUGAGAAUGCUGACUUUUGAACAUGAAAAAGACGAUAAAGCUGAUGCAGAAGCAAAUGAUCAUAUCAGCCUCAUAAAAACUCAUGGCAGUAGCAUUAAUACUGGAUCCAAUCUGAAAGCUUUGCUUUUGAGCAGUCCAUCAUUCGUUAAUCACGUAGAAGAGCUCUUUGAUACCAAUGUGAGUUGUCCUAGAACUGCAGCAGCAUCUGACAUCAACGAUUCUGGGGUAGCCGAUGUGAAUCUCUUGUUAGAUUAUGCUGAUAAAUUCAUUGAACUCAGAAGCCUUCAAAAUUUACAAACAGUGCAUCCUCUGUCAACGAACAAAGUGCGGAUUUUGAAAAUCUUCACUACUUUAGAUCAAUUCGUAGAGGAAAUAAAUGAUGGGUUUGAGGCUCUUAGAAGCUACCGCAAUGAUGGUGACAAAAAACUUCCUAGUGAUGAUAUUUACUCAAUGCUGGAAAAAGAUAUAAGCUGCAAAAGAAUGGUGAAUGGAAUGUGGCAUUUGGGAUGGGAUUAUGGGUUUUCUGUGGAGGAAGGCGAUCAAGUUGUAAAUGAUAUAGAAAAGUGGCUCUUAACUGGUCUGAUUGAUGAGAUUUUUGCAUAGUUUACGGUUAUGUUAGUUUGGAUCUGCAGGGUUUAAAGGUAGUUACCUCAGUCAGCAUGUAAAUAAGCAACUGCAGCUAACACAAGGAGGGGAGCUGAAACCCAGUGCUUUGUGUCUGAAUCUUUUAGGUAUCAAGUAUAAUUUUUUACUCCCUGUAUCAUUUAAAGUUGUCUUUGGUGUAUGUCUUUAACUGUUAACCGUCCAUAUUAAAGGAAAACUUGUAUAUAGUGAAUGCCAGUUUAACAAGUGAUUCCAGCU